UAUUGCAUUACUUUGUCUGAUGAAUAUCCAAAGCUUCUGAAAGAAGAAUUGAGACUCCUAUUGACUGAAAUGGGGAUGUUCCAGCCUCCAGUUAUUGAAUUGCGAGAAGAUUUAAAUAUGAAUCGGUUAAAGCAGUGGAGCUUUAUGUAAGACAUGGAUAGAUGCAAACAUGUUGGGCGGCUAAGACUUGCCCAGGAUCAUUCCAUUCUGAACCCCCAGAAGUGGCACUGCAUGGACUGUAACACCACGGAAUCCAUUUGGGCUUGCCUAAAAUGUUCCCAUGUGGCCUGUGGAAGAUAUAUUGAGGACCAUGCACUUAAACACUUUGAAGAGACCAGGCAUCCUUUGGCUAUGGAAGUAAAUGAUCUGUAUGUAUUUUGUUACCUUUGUGAAGACUAUGUAUUGAAUGAUAAUCCCGAGGGUGACCUGAAAUUACUGAGGAGUUCUUUGUCUGCGGUUAAAAGUCAGAAGCAUGAUCCUUCUGCUAGAAGUGGUAGGACACUACGGUCAAUGGCUUUGGGGGAAGAUGUUUGCAACCAUCAAAGAGCCCCUCAGGGACAACCUCAGAUGCUUACUGCUCUCUGGUAUAGACGGCAGUCGUUGCUUGCAAAAGCAUUGCGAACAUGGUUUGAUAAGAGUUCUAGAGGCCAGCGAAAACUAGAACAAAAGAAGCAAAUGGAAGAACUGGAGAGGAAAAAAGAAGUGGCCAGGCAGCGGCGUCAAGAGAUGAAACGGAGAUUGUUGGAGGAGCUGGCAAACACUCCUCCAAGAAAAAGUGCUAGGCUUUUAUCGCACAUUCGCAGAGAGAAUCUGAUUCCUCGGAAGUUCAGAGAUAUGGAAGCAAGUUCCCCUACCUCAAGACGAGUGCAGAGUAGCAAAUUCAAGCAAUUCUAUUCCAUCCGGCGUAAACCUCUCAUGACUCCUGGUGUGACUGGACUAAAGAAUUUGGGAAAUACGUGCUACAUGAACUCUAUCCUUCAAGUAUUAAGUCACCUCCAGAAAUUUAGAGAAUGUUUCUUGACGCUGGAUCUUUGUGAAACUGAAGAACUCUUAGCUAAGACUGUGAUUGGAAAAUCUAGAAUGUCUGGAAAGCUAGUCAGUGGACCUACUCCUACUGAGUCAGGCAGAAAUGAUCAACUGGGUUCAUUUGGCAGGCAAAACCUGUCUGUUGGUUUAAAUGGGGGGUCCUCAAUAAGCAAAAGUUUAGAACUAAUACAGCCCAAGGAGCCAAGUUCAAAGCACAUCUCUCUUUGUCAUGAACUGCACACACUCUUCAGAGUCAUGUGGUCUGGGAAGUGGGCUUCAGUGUCUCCUUUUGCCAUGUUACACUCUGUGUGGAGUUUGAUUCCAGCAUUUCGGGGUUAUGAUCAGCAAGAUGCUCAGGAAUUUCUUUGUGAAUUGUUGGACAAAGUGCAGCAAGAGCUGGAAUCUGAAGGAACAAAACGCAGGAUCCUCAUCCCUUUUUCACAGAGGAAGCUUACCAAGCAGGUCCUGAAAGUGGUGAACACCAUAUUUCAUGGGCAGCUACUCAGUCAGGUCACUUGUAUAACGUGUAACUAUAAAUCCAAUACUGUGGAACCCUUCUGGGAUCUUUCCCUGGAAUUUCCUGAACGCUAUCACUCUAUCAAUAAAGGGAUUGUGCCUGUUAAUCAGACGGAGUGCAUGCUGACUGAAAUGUUGGCCAAAUUCACAGAAACAGAAGCUUUGGAAGGGAGAAUUUAUGCAUGUGACCAGUGUAACAGCAAACGACGGAAGUCUUCUCCCAAACCUCUUAUUCUAAGUGAAGCUAAAAAGCAGUUAAUGAUCUACAGACUACCUCAGGUCCUCCGGCUGCACCUUAAACGAUUCAGGUGGUCUGGACGUAAUCACCGUGAGAAGAUUGGGGUCCAUGUCCUCUUUGACCAGGUAUUAAACAUGGAACCUUACUGCUGCAGGGAUACUUUCUCCUCUCUUGACAAAGAGACCUUUGUCUAUGACCUCUCGGCUGUGGUGAUGCAUCACGGGAAAGGGUUUGGCUCAGGACAUUACACGGCAUAUUGCUACAACACGGAGGGAGGGUUUUGGGUCCACUGCAAUGACUCCAAACUGAAUGUAUGUAGCGUGGAGGAGGUAUGCAAAACCCAAGCGUACAUUCUUUUUUAUACACAAAGAACUAUACAGGGCAGAGCAAGUAUCUCAGAAACACAACUUCAAGCUCAGGUGCUGUCCAAACACAAUGUUAGAAGACUGACACUCCCCUGAAAGGAAACAUUACUAUCUCAAUCAACUGAUUCUUUUUCAAAAGCCUUUGGAGUUAACUCAGCUAGGCAGGAACAAAUACUGCUGCAGGAAUUUUGGAUCCACAGUCUGGAAAAGUUGUCCUCCUAUUAUGUGCAACUCUGUUCUAUGAGAUUGUAGCAGAACAUCUAUUUUUUUUAAGGGCAGAUGCAUUUGUAAACCCUUCCUCCUCCAAACAAAGAGUAACAACCUCCAAUGUCUAGAACCAUUUAUCUUCUUUCAAAGAGGAAUAGCUAUGUGGCAUGAAAAAGUAGGCACAUCCAAAACUUCUGUGUACAGCCAGGAUACAAAGCCAUCAAACUGACCAUAAAUAUAUACAUUACUUAAGAAAAUAAAUGAACAGGUACAGUAGAAUUCUAUCUCUGUUCUGUUGAUGUGGUGAACUGUUGUUGCACCUCUUGGUGUAAAUAACUUGCCAAUUAUCAUACAUCAUUCUUUCCAUCCAACGUAAUUUAGGUAGAAUUGUACUGUACUAAAACUCUUGCAGUGAUUUUCUACACUGGGAAAAUACAUUGGUCCUUGUUUAUAUCCUUUUGUGUAACAAAACAAAUUUUUGUACCCUACAAUUACUCCAGUCUGUUGGAAUGAACAAAAGUGGAAAUUGUAUACACAUCUGAGUAAUUUGUUACAUAUUUCAAUUUGAAUCUGUGCUAAAAAUUACAGGAACUGUUUUCCUUUCCCAUCUAACAUUAUUAUUAACAGUUGCUAACAAGACAGUUACUUAAACUGAAUUUGCAACCUAACUUUUCCUGUGUAAUUAUAAUAGUUAAUAUGGGAUACAUUACUUUCAAGGUUUUCAUCAUGUACUGGUUAUCAUAUGAUGAUCACUGCAUGAAUAGGUCAUGUGAAUCCAUUCAGGUUAACGGUGAAGUUUAGGUUACAAGUAUUAAAGGACACAUGGUUCAACAGAAGCAGAUUUUAAAAAAUCAACUCUUAUCCUAAAUCCGUAAUGCUUUCUCAUGUACAAGAAAAAAAUGGUCAGGAAUAUAGUAGCCAUCACACAGAGAGACAGGAUCACUUCCCCCUAGUAAUAUCCUCCUUUUCAUGACCAUUUUUCCAUUCAGUUUCCCCUUUGUUGUGUUUUUGGGAGUCUUAAAAAGAUGGUUUUGUGGGUUUUUUUCUUUUUUUUGAGUCUUAUUGAGAAAAGACUUUUUCCCUCAGUUGUUGUUCUUGCUGUCUCAGAGAUAUAAUACACACACAGCUCCAGAAAUCUAGCAUCAAAACUCUUGAUAUAUGUCUAAGGGAAAGGCACACGACUGCUUCAUCUGGACUUUAAAUACUGUAUCACUAACAUGCUAUUUAUCAUGGUUACUUUUAAUUGUUAACCUUUCACAAUUACCACUGUUUCAGUUCUUUGUGAAGGGUGUACCUGGAAAACACAGACCUCAGUUGCGGCUAUGCAACUUGCUGCCUUUCAGUUAAGAAAUACUGAUGAACAGCAUACAAAUCCCAUAUUAUUCACUUAAGGUAUAUGAAAUGGAUUCUUUUGCUGGUUUGUACAUAGCCUUGAAAAAUGCAAGCUUUUUCACAAGGCCAUUAAUAGCUGAUGUGUGUUGUGGCUAGCCAACCAAUAUAAAUUGCUGUGUAUAGGAUUUGGCUUUCAGCAGAGUAGGGGGAAAUGCCAUUUACAGAGAUCUGCAGCAAGCCCAAUUCAAGCAUGGUAGUGACAAGCUGGAGGUUUUAAAAACAAAAAUGGACACGGUUCUGGCAUAUGCAGUGUUUUCAUGUGCUUUCCUGUGGCAACUCUGAACCUGUAUUUCUAAGUCCAUCAGUGAGUUCCUGAUGAAACUGAAUCACAAAAUAAUGAAAGAAAAGCCUACAGACUUGCCUCUUCUCAUCCUGUUAUGGCACUAAAUUGGAAGUGCGUGGGAUUCUUGCAUGCAGUGUUAGUCCUGACUCUAUGAUUCACUUUCUGAUUCUGUUAGAUUGUGGUCUCCAGUCAAAUGGGAGCCCAGAUGUGACUCAUAAAACAACAUAAUUGCCAUUCCAGAAUUUUUUUUUUUUUAGCAGAAGCAUUCUUAAUGAUAAAUUAACUAGAUCCCUGUUGUUGAUUUUUACAGUGUGAAAGGCUUUGAAAGACUAUUUCCGGGAAAGAUAGUCAGGGCUGAUGUCCAGACUAGUGGCCACUUCACUUAUUUUGCUUCCAAAUUAUCAUUCAGAUUGUUCCUCUAUUCACGAAUCUCAAAACAAAAAUGAAAGGCAGCCAUUUUUAUAAAUUAAGAUCUUUCAAGCACUCCCAUUUGCACAAACACUUAUCCAUUCCAUUUUCUCCCCAUAUUUGUUUUCUUACUUUCUCAUUCAGUGCCAUAAAACAUCUUGCUCCCCCAACUCUACCCCACCCCAAGAAUUCAGAACAUCACCAGGAGCAUCUAGCAUGUAACAUUCCAGCUGUUUCGACUCCCAUAAAGAAAGGAAAAUGCUGCCUGGCAGCUAGGCAAUCUUGAGAGUUCUCAAUGGCUCUAGUUUUUGGAUUCUGUAAUUUGAGUUGUUGAGCUCUCCUGUGUGCCCAUCUGCCUUCUUUCUUGUCCUUGUGACAAUGGCUGAUAUGGAAUGUAUCAUGAGGUAUUCAGAACUGCAGAAACCUUCAGAGGUUACCCACCUCUAAAAAAGAAAAAAAAAGCACAACUAGAGAAAUUGAUUAAUAACUGGCACACUUUCGUUAAUACUCACCUUUUGAUUACUGCGUCCAUAUUUGAAUAAGUAGGAACAUCUGAGAGUUACAGGAGACACGUGGGGCGGAAGAUAACAGGGCACUCAGAUGUGGGUGUAUUAAUAGUCAUGAAUGCUUCACAUUUCCCAAGAUUUGAAAAGUCAUAGCCUCUCAUGUGAAUAACAGUGCCAUGGGAUGUAAAAAAAAUGUGCAAUUAAAAGUUAUCUUGAGAGAUGGAAGUAACUUACUUUUGAAUUGAGCUUGCUGUUCCCAACACUGUGAGGUUUCUGUAAUAUUAGCUUUUAUUUGGAAGCGAUAGUGUAUAGCAUUUUUAUGCUGUUUCUUUUAUAUCUAUCUGCUACAAGCAGUGUUCUUGCUAUUCUGUGUACACUGUUUUAAAGUGUCCUGGUUGGCAGAAAUGUAAUAAUUGACUUUUCUCGAUAAUUCUAUCUAUUGCCAUUAUAAUGGAAGCCUAACAGAAUAACAAAUAAUACGUCUUCCCUUAUUAAUUUUCUAGCCACAUCCAACUCCUUUGUUUGCAUAUGUAUUAACUGCAGGGCUGACAGGAUCAGCCAGCCCUGAUUUGAAAAUAUUUAUCAUAGAACAGUGAUUCAUUCACACAAGUCACUGCAUACCAGCAAAGAUAUGACUAAAAGCACAUACAUACCUGCUAAACCAUGGUAGCAGUUUAGUCACCUUAAGAGUUACAUGAUCCUAACUAUGCUGACUAGGAAGCAAGCCCAUUAACCUGAGUAACUUACUUCUGCAUAAGCGUCUUUGGGAAACAGCCUUUAAAUUUACCCACAGGAGUAAGCUGGCUACAGUUAAAAAUCAUUGAAUACAACGGAACAAAGCUAAUUCUGUGCCUACUGCCAAAACUAGUGAUGAAAUAUAAAAUUGAGUGAAGCAAUUCAGAACAUCGUUUUUUUAAAAAGGAGUAUUAAUAUAAAUCAGAUUUUAUUAAUUUGAUACAUCUGUAUCUCUAAAAUUUGCAGAAGAAUAAACAGCUCCUAAUCAAAACUAAAUGUGUAGGGAGAAGGAAAAAAAGAAAAUAAUGACAUUCUUUUUCUAUUAGAUAACAAUGGAAAAUGUUAUCAACUUUAUCAAGCAAAUAAAUUAGGACAAUAUCCCAGCAUAUUUCUUUGUUGUAUGGUAAAGUUGACUACAGAGAUGCUCUUUUUUUAUUGCUGUUGCUUUUGAAUGAGCUGUUUUCAUUCACUUCAGGGAAAGUUUAUACACACAGAAAUUAAAAUGCACAAAUAAAUGUGUUGUAUGGAUUCAUAAGGAGAUGCUAAGAAAAAAGCAUGUCUUUUUAUAGAUACAAUCUCUGAUUGUAAAAUUCCAUUAUGUUUUGUGAAUGUUAUGCUUAAGGAAAGAAAGUGAACAAGUGAAUUUUAAAGUAACAAUUAUCCCCAGCACAAAUUGCAGACACAUCCAACAGUAUUGCUGACUGAAUAUUAUGUUUAUGAAUCGGGUGAAAGUUGGGUAUAGGAUUAAUUUUGCCUCCUGAUAAAACUUUAUGAACAAUUUUUUAAAGUUUAAAAUGGUGCCUUGUACCUAACUACAUUUUGCAUGGGACACAAGUUUUUAGUUUCUUCACUCCCAAAUCUGCGUCUUUACAAUACUUUGGUAGCAGGUUUGGGUUGUUUUUUUGUCUGUUUUUUACAUUUCAUAUCUAUAUGUGAAUAGGAAAAUGUUUCCUACCAGCAACUUGAUGUAUUUUAUUGUAUAUGUCUAAAUACUGUAUUUCUAAUGAUGCAAAUGAUUUGCUCAAAAGUAGAUCAUUUUGGGUUUUGUGUUAAAUCCUUGUAAUUUUUUUUUUUUUUUGAGGUAGGAUUAUUCCUCUUUAAGCAAGUAAUUCAUAAUUAAAACACAAAUGAUAAGAAUCCCUAGAGCAACUUAUUCACAAAGCAAUUUGGAAAAGGCUCUUAAACUACUGACUGGUGCCUUGCAAGAUAAAGGUUCUCUUUUGCUAUGAUAUUCCUUCUCUUACUUCUAGUUAAAGAUGACAGUGACUCAACAUAUCUUCAUGCAGAUAAUACUUUAAUAGUAUGUAUCAUGCACAUGAGUAUAAAAAUAAUAAAAUCAACCAUCUACUGAAUACUAUUUCAUGAAAUUAGACAUAACAUCUAGUAGUCUAAUAACUGGAAAUAUGUUCUUAAAUACAGCCCCUUGAAUAAGAUUAUUCAUGGUUACUAUUCCAUAGCUGUAAUAUGCCUAUUUUGAGUUGUAAUACUUCUCAAUAGGGUCCGGCUGAUUAUUUGUAGUGCAGAACAUGCGACAAUGCUACCAAGAUGCAGGCUGAACUGUGCUCUUCAAAUUCACUUUAAAUGAGACUAUAAACAGGGAAAUAUUUAACAGUGUUAAAAUAUUUCAUGGGACUUUACUUGGAGGAACAAAACCCAUUCUCUUUUGAACAGAAAGGCUUGGAUUAGGCAUAUGCUAUCAGUUGAAGAAUCCAAAAAUUCACAUCACAGUUGCCACUAUUCCUUAGUGAAAUUAGAAUGGCCUCUCUUACACAUUCAGCCUGUAGUCUUCCCACAUGCAAUAAGGUGAAAGACCUGGUUAUUACAUCUAUAUAUUUAAUGAUAAAAUUCUCCUAUCAUGAAUGCUAUGUAGCAGUCCUAACACAGAGUGUCUUGUAAGAUUCCUUAAAAAUCCAGUGCAGCAUACAUUGAAAUGAUUGGAACUGAACACAAACAUAAACUUGUUCCUAAUACUGCUACAAUCCUACAUUUAAGGCAAAAUCAAUUUUGUUACUUAGGAAUCCAGCACACAAAAUAUUUAUAAGAUGUAUAGUGACCUUAGUAAAAUGUUUACCACUACUUAGGAAAUCCUGAUGUAUCAGUACUGCAGAAUACAUCAUUAACAAUUGGGAAAGAGACUCACAAUUUACCUAAUACCAAGUGAAGUGGUAGCUGAGGCAGUCUGGGUUUAAAGUUGAUGGUGUUACUCCACCACCAGAUAGUAUUCUGCCAGCAAAGAAGCUUAAUUCUAUUCCCACUCCAAUCAGUUCGAAGAGAACCUAUUUCCAUAAAAUGUAAGAUUUAGGAUUUUAGUCUAAUUAGCCUAAAAAUUAAGUAGGCUUUGUUUCUGCUUGCUUUUCAAAACUGUAUAGAAAAUUGCUAUUUUACCUAAAAUAUGCUGAAAGAGCUUGGAUUAGAUUUUGGCUUUUCAGUGUACAAAAUUCAAUAGGUCUUCUCUGAGAAAUAAUACAUUUUGCCACCAAAACAACCCUAUUUCACAGUGAAAGGUUGAUUUUAAAGAAGGUAUUUUCUAAAUGCAAGAAUUCUCCGAAGUCACUUUCUUCUUAUUGCUAAAUUAUUCUAAUUUUAAUUUAAGAGUAGUAAAAAGUGUUAAAGGUUUGUCUUUGAGAACAGUUUGAUUAUGAGUAGUAAUUUACAGCUUCACUUUUGACUACUACUUGUAUAAUUAUUGAAGUUGACUUACACUUGCUGUAUAUGAUAUUGCCUCUACUGCAAGAUUUUGUAGAAUGGAAGUGGACAAAAGAGGACAGACCUGUCAAUAUCCAACAAUCCACCAAUGCACUAGAUAAUUAUUUUUGAACUACUUCUAAACUGAUAUGUUGAGAUGGAUUUAAAGUUCUUUUUUAAUGCAAGAACCUUUAGUGACACAAAGGUGGAAAUGGGCAUUUUCCAGCCAUUAUGAACAAACUAAAUUAAGCUCUGACAGCAUUACAUCCUUUCUGUCCAUUAACAUACCUCCCCAAAUUUUGGCAGAUAAGACUCCAUCCUCAUAGAAUUUGUCCUCUAAUUUCCUUCUUGACGGCAACUGAUACAUUCAUUGGUUUGUGUUUCUUUUGGAUUAAGCUAUCUUUUAUCCACAUUUUGAAAAAGGAAAUGGUUCUCUGAUGAAGAAUCAUUCUAUUUUGCUAACUAAUGUGUUAAAAGAUGCCUUGCAAUGGCAGUGGUAACCUUCCAAAAGAGGCAAAACAUCUCAACUUAAAAAAAAUGUACAUCUUUCAUAAAUAGUUUCCAGUUAACUUGAAAGGCACAUAGAGCAAGUCAAGGAAUCAAAAUGCUAUGCAACACAAUUCUUUUUCCAUGUUUAACAUACAAUCAACUCAAAGCACCACACAACUGUUAUGCCGGCUGAAAGUUGCCAUUAUUAACCCUCACCUAGGCCUUUUUAAAAUGUAUUUUUCCGUUCAAUAGUUAAUAGUCCUACUUAAACACAGGACUGGGACUUGUUACUUCUUUAAAAGUGAAAUAUGAAUCAUGU